GGCCUCAGAUAUUUAGUUAUAGAAAUAGCGGGUGUUAUUCGGCUGCUUAUGCAAACACAAACGUCUGUUUUCAUUUAAAGGUAUUAUGAUUAAAAGAUAGCUGAGGUUGCUAAAAGACUGGAGCAGAAUACUGUAUUAUCUGUGUUCGACAGGUCAGGUCUGACACCGUUUCUGAAGGCGCACUAUUUGACAGCCAUGGAUGAAACGUUACAGAGCAGCGGGGCGGUUCAACUUUCCAUUUAACAACAUCAGCUCUUUUAGCAAAUGCCCACAAUGGCGUCUGUUAUGUGAAUGUCGUUGCAGGAGGAUCCAACCCUAGAGAGACACUUCAAGGGGCAUAAAGAUGCUGUUACCUGUGCAGACUUCAAUCCAAACCGCAAACAACUGGCCUCGGGGUCAGUGGAUAAGAGCCUGAUGAUCUGGAAUCUGGCUCCAAAGGCGAGAGCUUUCCGCUAUGUUGGCCACCAAGACGUCAUCACUGGGGUGCAGUUCUCCCCCGCUGGUAACCUGGUCGCCACUUCCUCCAAGGACAGAACGGUCCGACUGUGGACCCCCUCCAUGAAAGGAGAGUCAACAGUGUUCAAAGCCCACACGGCGUCUGUACGCAGCGUCGCUUUCUCCCACGAUGGACAGAGGCUGGUGACGGCGUCUGACGACAAGUCUGUAAAAGUGUGGAGCGUUCACCGGCAGUGCUUCAUCUACUCGCUCAACCAGCACACCAACUGGGUGCGCUGUGCCAGGUUUUCUCCAGAUGGACGGCUGAUAGCGUCCUGCGGAGACGACCGCACCGUCCGGCUGUGGGACACGUCCACCAAACACUGCAUCAACUGUUUCACUGACUCUGGAGAAUCAGCAACGUUUGUUGGUUUCAACUCGAGCGGCACCUGCAUCGCCUCCUCGGGAGCCGACAGUUCACUGAAACUCUGGGAUCUACGGACCAACAAGCUGAUUCAGCAUUAUCAAGUCCACACUGCAGGAAUCAACAGCUUUUCCUUCCACCCGUCCAACAAUUACCUGAUCAGUGGCUCCAGUGACGGCACUCUGAAGAUCCUGGACCUGUUGGAGGGACGUCUCAUCUACACCCUGCAUGGACACAAGGGCAUUGUAAUCACGGUAGCGUUUUCCAGAGCAGGUGACCUCUUCGCCUCGGGGGGAGCUGAUGGUCAGGUGCUGAUGUGGAGGACAAACUUUGACACCAAGUCCUACCAGGAUGUCCUGCAGCAACACAGCCGGAGGUCCACCCCGGAUCCCCUGCCCCACCUGACCGACAUCCACCCCAGAGCCCCCCACCUUCACCGCCCGCAGCCCACAGACAUUCAGAUCAGCGCAGCCGUAGCAGACACGCUGUCCACCGAUCCGCACGUCAUAGAGCUGGGCCAAUCUGUCCACAGCACCACGGCCGCCGCCGCCAACAGCCACCACUUCAACGGUUUGUCGACACAUCACAUGGCCACUUCAAGAGUGGGAGGAUGGAUGGGAGAGGGAAGCACCAGCAGGGCAGGUGCAGCCGUUUGGAGCCAGACUGGGGACGGCGGGGGAGGAAGAGGAAGGAGAGAGGAAGAAGAAGAAGAAGAGAGAGGGCAGACUCACUCACUGGAGGUUCUCUCCGCUCAGCCAUCGAGACUUGACUCCACCCUGCGGCACAUUGUUCAACAGUUGGAUAUUCUCACGCAGACUGUCUCGGUGCUGGAGGAGCGUCUCUCCCUGACUGAGGACAAGCUGAAGGAGUGUCUCCUCAACCAAUCCCAGAUUCUCAAGGACGUGCGGUCGUCAGGAGACCGGCGGAGGACGGAGAGUGAGGAGACGGAGGGAUCACCUGUCCAUUUCACUUGAGGACGACCUCGCCAUCCCUCACACUGCAGCUCACACACACACUGAGUUGUACUGCUGGAUAUGUGUGUGUGUGUGUGUGUGUGUGUGUGUGUGUGUGUGUGUGUGUGUGUGUGUGUGUGUGUGUUGUGUGUGUGUGUGUGUGUGUGUGUGUGUGAGAUUCUAAAUAUCCACCUUGGUGGUCUCUCUCAGGGGUCAGUGGGUUAAUCAGGAUUUGGGCUGGUGUGUGUGUGUGUGUGUGUGUGUGUGUGUGUGUGUGUGUGUGUGUGUGAUAUCAAGAUAUUUCCAUGUCUUUCUUCACCUCUUAAGGAUAUCCAGCUGCACAGCCAAGCACAGUCAGGCUGGGACAUUCUGUGUGUGUGUGGAUGUUAAAUCCAAUCGGGACAGCUGCAGCUAUGAAAACAGACGGGGCUCGUCUGCUGUAUGACCUCUCUGUGUGUGUGUGUGUGUGUGUGUGUGUGUUUACGUGUGUUUAAGUGUGUAUUAGCGCAUGUUUUAGCAGUUGGUGGCUUCUGCAAUUACAUCUUUCAUUGUAAUGUUUGCAACUUUUAAAGCGUGCUACAUGUUGCCUCGUGUAUAAUUUCUAUGAAUAAAUGAUAUACUAUA